AUGUCUGACUGUGAGUUGAUUCUGGCCAGCUGGGGAAAAGUGGAGAGCAGCCUUGCUGGAUAUGGCGGAGAAGUUCUCACCCGUCUGUUCACAGAGCACCCUGACACCCAGAAACUCUUCCCCAAGUUUGUGGGGAUCCCAUGUGGUGAACUGGCUGGAAAUGCAGGUGUUGCAGACCAUGGCAAAACUGUUCUGACAAAACUGGGUGAGAUCCUCAGGGCAAAAGGCUCUAGUGAUGUCAUCAAGCCACUGGCUACAACCCAUGCUAACAAACACAAGAUUGCGCUCAACAACUUUAAGCUGAUCACUGAGGUCAUCAUUAAGGUGUUUGGGGAGAAGGGGGUGUGGGACACUGCUACCCAGGAUGCUUUCAGAAGUGUGAUGGGUGUUGUCGUCAACGAGAUCGACUGCGUCUACAAGGAGCUUGGAUUCACUGGCUAGAUAUUUGUCCCCUACAGUGCCGGACAUUGCUGGGACAAAGUAAAUGGGUGUUUAUUCGGCCAGUGGGAGUAGACU